AUGGGGGAUUUCAACGAUAUGCUGCAUGCAGAGGAAACGAUUGCCAGAAUACCACACCCGCAAUGGCUUUUGAGAGGGUUCAGGGAAGCUGUGGAUACUAGUGGUCUUCGAGACUUCAAAUUUGAAGACUAUCAAUUCACAUGGGAGAAAGGAAGAGGCUCUCCAAACUGGAUUAGAGAGAAGCUGGAUAGAAUUCUUGUUAAUGAUAUGCGGUUGGAGACCUUUGGAGAUGCUAAGGCAAGUUCCUUGGAAGCUCCGAAAAGUGACCGUAUCCAGCUGGCAUUAUGGCCUCUAAAAACUACCCAGGUCAACCGGUACGAUCUUGCUCGAUGGACCAGACAGGGACCAAUACUAACAGAGUGGAAGACAUCCGAUCGGUCGGAUACAAAACAUGAAGACUGA